AUGUUUCUGAAAAAUAAGAAUACCUCCUCAAGUGGCAGUAUGAGCUGUACAUGUAAUAUGCUCGUGGGUGAAAGCUUAAGUAAGGCUGAUGCAAAUGCUUCAAGAAAAGAUCAAACAAAGAAGGAAGGAUCGAACUCCAUUUUCUUCUAUUCCAAGAUUUUUGCCUGUACCCUCUUGAUUUGGGCUUCACAAUGUUCCUACAGCCAUACCAACUUUAGCAGUUCUCACGAUGAGGCAUACACUACAGGAAGCGUAGUAAACGCGUCUUUCAGCAGAAUCUUAGCAUCCAAUGAACCACACGGAAACCAUGGACCCAAAGCACACGGAUCUCAUGCGCCUGAAGGAGCCCAGGAUGAAGAGCAUCCAUCCACUUCACAAUCCCCACCACACCAAGGAUCACAAGAUGGAGCAUCAGCACAUUUCGAGCUAAAUAUUGACAUUGAGAAAAAAUUAAAAGAUUUGAAAGAUGUCAUUUGGGAUAAGGUAGAAAAUGCAGUUGAAUGGGGAACUCUCUCAGAUAAUGUAAAAGGUUAUUUAGAAAAAAUCGAUUCAAACAUUGAAAACAAAAUUGUAGAUGAAGUCAACAAAGCUAAUCGAGAUAGUAAUUUAAUGGAGAAACCAGGUGCCAAAACACAGAUAAUCAGUAGUUUCUCCCAGAAUUAUACUAUUAUAACACCACCUCUGUUGUUAUUAGUUUUAUCCGUUUUGACAUCCGAAAGAUGUAAGAAGCAUCUGGCAAACAUAUUGUUGACAGCUCUUUUGGUAUCAAUGACUUAUAUUUUCUUUAAGCUGAAAAAAAUGGACGAUGUUAAAAAAAAAAAUGCCAAUGAUCACGAGAACUACAAGAAAGAUGACCAAUACGGUAGUAAGAAGUCUAAGGAUAAAUUUAAAGGUUCCCAUAAGUAA